AUGUCUUCCCAGAAUCAACGAAUCAAUAAAGGUAUUACUAGCCUAGUUCGCCGCUUAUUAGGGGACAUUCCUGGAGAGGAUCCUGCCGCAGCAGAGGAGAGGGCAAGCAAUGCCGUGGAAUUCGUGGGAGAGUUCUUAGAGAGUUCGGGAGGUCCAGCAAUUGUCGCAGAUGUAAAUCAAGCAUCCGAUCUCAUUAAGAAACGCUUGAUCCAAACAAAUCCCACCCCGGAAAAAGCGCUUCGAUAUACGAAUUUAUACAGCAGACUCCUUACGAUUCCAGCAAUAAACCAAAAAUGGGCAGUUCUAUACUUUUUGUACCAACUUGGCGACCAGCAGCAAAAGCUACCACCAAUUUUAACAAGUCCCUUCAAAAGCCCAGUGAAAAAUCGCAAGGAACCUCGAAGUUUGGAUUACGGUUUGCCAAGAUCGCAAAGGGAAGAGGGGGCAUUCCACGUGGCUUUUGCUCCAGAAGGACUCAAGAAACUGCCAACUCGUGAAGGUGGACAGAAGGACAGGAUGGAAGAGGAGCAAGCAUUUGCCAAAACACCUGCUGUGCAACGUGGAAACGUUGCCCUGAAGACAGCUUUACUAGCAGAAAACUACGUCGAGAUUGAUCCGCCAGAGACUGCUCUAUUACGGGACUUACCCUUCACACUGCAAGGCCUAUCUUCCACACAUCUUUCGUUUUCUUCGACCUCGAGCUUAAGAUUACCUCCUACUCUACCAGUUCCCAUAAUAUCGAUUCUCCAUACACUCGCUGAACCCUCCCUGUUGUAUCGUGGACUUGCAACAUUCGUGAAGUCUGCUGAUGGUGGACUUCUUGGUCAGAGCUUGCGAGCUGCCAUUUCAGGGGAACUCCGGUCGUAUCUUGGGUUGGUAGCAACCUUGGAAGGUCAGAUUCGAAGAGCAUUAUCUUCACUGGAUGAGAGGGAGCCAAGAGGAGGUAUCGGUAAAGCCGGUGUUACAUUAAAGAGAUGCGUGGUAUGGACUCAUGAGGCGACGAUGGGUCUUCGCUUAAUGAGUCUGAUCAGUGAGGAGUCGAAGAGUAAAAGAGGUGGACAACUGAUUUCACUCAUACAUGGAUUCUCUUCUUCUCAUGGAGAUCCAAUGGUUGGGGCUUUCGCGGAACGUUUAUUGAUUCAUGUUACACGACCAUUUUACGAUAUGCUGCGGCAGUGGAUUUACGACGGCGAGUUAUCAGAUCCUUAUCAUGAGUUCUUCGUCUCCGAACAAGAUCCCAACGCGAUUGCUGAGGCUCAGGAGGGGAAGACUCGUGGAGGGGCGAACAGUGUUUGGGAGGACAAGUAUAAGCUUAAUGAGGACAUGGUGCCGAGCAUUAUCACUCAGGAUUUCGCUCAGAAGGUGUUCCUCAUUGGGAAGUCCUUAAACUUCAUCAGAUAUGGCUGUGGUGAUUCUCAAUGGGUGGAAGACUACUCAAAAGACGCCUCAAAGGAGCUGCGAUACGGUGAUACUGCCACGCUAGAGACUUGGAUUGACGAGGCAUACAAAACGACUAUGGCUCGGCUGAUACAUUUGAUGGCUGAAAAGUUCCAUCUAUUUGAGCACUUGAAGGCACUCAAGAACUAUAUUCUAUUAGGUCAAGGAGACUUCAUUGCUCUUCUUAUGGAGUCUCUGUCCUCCAACCUUGACCGACCAGCUGGUGCACAAUACCGCCACACUCUCACCGCGCAACUCGAGCAUGCUAUUCGGGGUUCGAAUGCGCAGUACGACUCACCAGAAGUCCUACGCAGAUUAGAUGCUCGGAUGCUGCAGUUGUCGCACGGAGACAUUGGCUGGGAUUGUUUCACUUUGGAGUACAAGAUUGACGCCCCAGUCGAUGUUGUGGUGACAGAAUGGGGUAACCGCCAGUAUCUCAAAGUCUUUAACUUCCUGUGGCGUAUCAAACGAGUCGAAUUUGCAUUAGCCUCGACGUGGAGAAAGUGCAUGACGGGCGCCCGUGGAGUGCUCCAAGGCGAAGACGCAAAUGCUACCCAAGCGUGGAAGUCAACACGAGGUGUUCUAGCUGAGAUGAUCCAUUUCAUUGGUCAAUUGCAGUUCUACAUUCUCUUCGAAGUCAUCGAAAGCUCUUGGGAUGAGCUGCAGACAGCAAUCCAUAAGGAGGGCUGCACGCUGGAUGACCUCAUUAAAGCACAUACUAAGUAUUUGAAUGCUAUCACACACAAGGGACUCCUUGGGGCCAAAAAGAGGUACCACGGUGAAGUGGAUGAAAAUACUUUCAUGGUGCAGCUGGGCGAGAUUCUCCGACUCAUGCUUAGUUACCGCGAUGCUGUGGAUGGUCUCUACAGCUGGGCUGUUUCAGACUUCACGCGACGCCAAGGCGCAGAUGUCCGCUCAGAAGUAAGAGGAAGGCGAGAAGAUGACGAUGGGAUGUUCAUUAAUACACCUGCAACCACGCGUCGUGGUCCUCAACAUUUCCCAGACUCCACUCCUGCCAUGGCUUCUGAUGAUGCCAUUUCCGACGAGUUUCCUGUGCUGCAGGAACGGCUCCAAGCAUUAGGAGUCCAUUUUAAGACGAAAGUGUGUUUGCUGUUAGGUGAUUUAGCCUACCAGCCGGAUGUCGAUAUGAGAUUCUUAGGCGUGGUUAUGAAUUUUAAUGAUGUCUAUCAACCGGCGAGAAAGAAGACGAGUAGACCUGCUGGGAAAGAACAAGGGAGGACUUCAUCGAAAGCGUGA